AUGACCAUGGGCAAGAUCAUCUUCUAUGAGGACAAGAACUUCCAGGGACGUUCUUACGAGACCAGCAAUGACUGCCCUGAGCUGACUUCCCACCUGAGCAGGUGCAACUCCUGCAGGGUUGAGAGCGGCUGCUUCAUGGUCUAUGAGCGGCCCAACUUCAUGGGACACCAGAUGCUGGUCAGAAGAGGAGAGUACCCCGACAACCAGCAUCUAAUGGGCAUGACCCAGAGUGACUGCAUCAGGUCCAGCCAUAUGAUCCCCAUGCACAGAGGCUCCUACAGAAUGAAGAUCUACGAGAAGGAGAACUUUGGAGGUCAGAACAUGGAGCUGAUGGACGACUGUGACUCCAUCCAGGAUCGUUACCACAUGUCCGAUUGCCAGUCUGCCCAGGUUAUGGAUGGCCACUGGCUGAUGUUUGAGCAGCCCCACUUCAGAGGCAGAAUGAUGUACAUGAGGCCCGGAGAGUACAGGAGCUUUAGGGAUAUGGGCGUGGGUGCCAAGGGCAUGAGGUUCAUGAGCAUGAGGCGUAUCACUGACAUGUGCUAA